GCGAAAACCGGAGAAAACGCGCGCAGCUGCCGGAUCUGUUCAGCGCGCCCACCCCCCUCUCUGUGUCGAGUCGAGACUCGGUUGCCGGGCUGUGGUGUACAGACACUCCAAAGACAUCCGGGAAGAGGCCGAAGCCUUUUCUGUUUCUUGGCGUCGGAAAUUCGCCUCUUCAUAGGAGAAACAUCGCCUUUCCUCUCGACAAAAAACUCGCCGGCCUCGGUCCUCGUACUGCUCUCUUUUCUGUCUUGCACACCGCAGGGGUGUGCAUGGCCCCGCAGUCCCUCCUCAGACGGAGGCGUAUCUCUCGCGUUCCCGUGACUGGACGGGCAGAGCCGUCGAGAGUUGACUAGGAUCCGAAACUCUUCAGAAGCGAGGGUGCUCCUGUCUUUUCUAGAAGUCCGUUUGUUCGUCGCUUCUUUCUCCUCUCGUCUCCUUCACUGGCGGUCUGCGCGGGCGCGAUGAACCGCGUCGGAUGAAAGACGAGACAGAACACGGCACACACGCGAGUGUCUACGGAAUCGUCCUCGCCGACGCAUGCCUCACAGUCAGUCUCGAUGUUCUUCCCAUGUUUUAAUCUCUUUUCUUCCGCGCUGCAAUCUCUCUGCCCUCUGCUCCGGCAUCUUCUCGCUCUUUCCUACGCCGUACAGUGGCAGCUCGUCGUCCACCAGGUGCGCUUUCUCCUCGCCGCGAAUCCUCUCUAGCCUUCUUCGUUGAGUGUUUCCGUCUUCGUCGCUUCAAAAGAUCUCGAAAAAGAGUCGCCAAGGUACACCAAACGUAAUGGCUCCACUCCUGUGAGCUGGACACCGAGCCGUGCUCUCCACGGAGACAAAAGCCAGCUUCACUUGUUUUCUUUCCUCCGCUUUUCUUCGCUUCUUACCUCCAUAGGUUGAUCCAAAGAGAGACAGGACGCCUUGAGCGUCUGCUCUCGCUCCUCUGCUCUCCCUCAAAGCGCUCCGUCUGUCUACCAUGAACACUUGCGAUAUUUACGGCCCUCUCUACCUCCUGUAGAACUCUCUCUUCUUCUCCCCUCCAUUCUCGUUUUUUCUCUGUUCUUCUCUUUCUCCUUCUCCUCCCUGCUCGCUUUAUUCCUCUCUACUCUUUCCCCCUCGUCUCCUCCGUGCGCGCGCGUUGCCGCGUUUGGCGUCUGCUCCCCGUCGCGCCAUGUCCGCUUUUCCGGCAUCUCCUCAGCCUUCUGCUUUUCCGGCAUCUCCUCAACCUUCUGCUUUUCCGGCAUCUCCUCAGCCUUCUGCUUCUCCGGUGUCUCCUCGGCACUCUGUCUCACCCUCAUCUGGGACUCUACCUUCGUCGUCGUCUCCCUCUGUCUCCUCUUGCGCGCUUCGAGGCCUCUCGUCGAGCUCCUCCGCGCUCAGCCGGCCGCCUUUCUCCUCGUUCCCGGCGUCGCCGGCUUUUUCUCGACGCUGCAUGCUGACAGAGAGCGAAAUGGGGAAGACGCGGAGUCUCAAAUGGCUGCGAUUUCGGUGCAUUCUUGGCGCCUGUUUGCUCCACUUCUGUCUCGGCGGCUCGCACACCAUCGGCAACCUUCUGCCGUACUUGAUCGGCUUCAUCCGGAACGCACAAGCGACCUCGGCCGUCUCCUACAAGGACGGACUGAGCAUCUACGCAUGGGCCAUCAUCUGCCAGGGCGUCGGCGGCUUCCUCGGCACAACGUUGGAGAAGAAAGCGGGGACGAAAAAAACAGCCUUUUUGGGAAGUGCAUGGAUGACGCUGGGCCUGGCGCUCUGCGGUGUCUGUACACACGACCUCUCGCUCUUUCUCAUCGCAUACGGAGUCGUGACGGCGCUCGGGUGCGGUGUGGCGUACCCAGUGCCUCUCGCUGCGACGCUGAAACUGUCACCUGCAGAAGACAAAGGAUGGGUGAGUGGGCUGCUGUUCUUCGCGCGCGGCCUCAGCGUCUGUAUCCUCUGCCCGUUCCAGAGUUUCUUUCUCCACCAGCCUCCGGAGGUCUUCCUCUCUCUGAUCCCCGCACCGCUCCUGCCUUACCUCUCGGGUGUCGCGUCUGACACCGCCUCUGCCUCUCGCCUUUCGAGCCUCAAUGGGAAACGCGCCGCGCCUCUCCCCUCUCCGGGUGGCGAGAGGUUCCUCACGGACCAGGCUGUCCUCGACCGCCUGCCUGCUCUCUUCUUCGUCAUGGCGGGAGUCUUUGCAUGCAUCCAGCUCCUCGGCGUUCUGCUCCUCGUCGAUCCCGAGCGCACAAGCGCGGCGGACGAAGCGGCGGCGGAUGCAGCAGAGCGCCAGAAGCUGCUCUACGAAGACCCCCAAGGCGCUUCGCGUGCGUCGGCAGGUCGGUCCUCGUCCUGCUCGGCGUCGCAGGUGUUCGCCUCGCUGGUCCUCACGCCCCAGGACAUGUGCAGUUCUCCCUCGUUUUGGCGACUCUUUCUGAUGUUGUUGCUUUCCUGGCAGUCGCUCUUCUUCGUCCAGCUGUUCUGGAAAGUCCUGCCGCUCUAUCCGGAGGCUUCCCUCGCCGCCUCAGCCGCUGCGCCAGCGCCUCUGGACUCGCUCUUCGCGUCGGUCGUGCGCCGAGUCCCGCGCGCCCUCGCCUCGGCUUCGCGUCCGGACCCUCGGGCGCUUCAUGCAGCUGCUGACGCCUGGAGCCUCACUGGGUCCUCGUGGAGCUUCGCAAACGACUUCUUUCUCAGCUGUCUAGGCGGCCUUCUCGGCGCACUCUGCUGCUUCGGACGCCUUCUGUGGGGAUACAUCGGAGGCGGAAUUGGAUAUAUGCGGAGCACGGUCGUGAUGAACGCCCUCACAGCCCCCUGCCUCUUCGCUCUUUCUACCUACGCCCUUCAGUCGCCGCAACUGUACGCUGCAUGCCUCGCAUUGGUCCACGUGUGUCACGGAGGAAUCUUCUCGCUCUUCCCCUCGGUCACCAGCGACUUGUUCGGGCACAAAAAUGUCGGUCCUGUCUUCUCUCUCCUCUUCGCAGCUCGCCUCGCUGCCGUCGCCCUCGCCGCCAUCUGGAUCAACAUCGCGCUGACGUACGGCAACCUUCAUAUGGUGGUGGGCGCUCUGGGCGUGUGUCACCUCGUCAGCAUCGGCACAACGUUUUUCUUUCAUCCAACAGACGCGCUGCCGUACCGCUUCCCGACGUACUCGCCCUGACGGCAACGAAGGGAUUUCGCGAUAACCGAACUUCGCAAACCCCGAUGUGUUGUCUGGAAAAGAUGCGCGAAAGCUUCCUCCAGACUGAACGCAAGUCAUACGCUCGUGUGGAGAAUCAGUGUCUCUCUCGUGGAGCGACUUUCGCUUUUCAGCAAGAGGGAGACACACGCAGUUUUUCGACUUUUUCUUUUGACUCGAACCGCCCCAAUGAGUGCAUGGAAGCAACCGCGGCUCCCCACACCUCUGCACAUUGCCGUUCGUCGUUUUCCGCUCAAAAGAGGAACCGUGUCUGCAUUUCUGGAUACGUCGAGGCAGAGAGCACAGCAGA